CAUAGUAACUAUUUUGAACGUUUUUUCAUGUAUUUUGAUGUCAUUAUUUCGAUUUUCAAGUACUAUCGUAUUUUAUUUUAUAUAAUUGUUGUUGCUAAUAUACCUCUAUCAUGUCUAUAAGGAAUCCAAGGCUACCAUGUUUACCUGGUUAUGGAACAAAUCCUCUGCUAGGGAAGACGCGAUUCGGCGUCCGUCCAGUUUUCACCAGCAUCGACGGGAUAAACAUGCUGGUGGACAAGGCAGAGGAAGGCAACCGCGUCCCGUCGCUCUACUGCCGAAAGCAAGCGCCCGAUUUGCCCACUUGGCUCAUGUAUGAUAAAAACAUUCUGACAUUUCAAGCGUAUUUCCAACAAUCAUUACACGAAAUGAAAGUCGGGUCCAGUAUUCUACGAAAAGUUACUAUUUUGUUCUUCCUUGAAGAUGGCACUUUAAAGGUUGUGGAACCAAAGACUGAAAACAGUGGUUUAUCACAAGGAACCCUUAUUAGUCGUCAAAGGAUACGUCUUCCAUUUUCUUACGACUUGUAUUACGAUGUAUUGGAUUUAAAUGUUGGAUUAGAAGUAACGUUGUAUGGGAAAGUAUUUAAGAUCGUCAACUGUGAUAAUUUUACAAGAGUUUUUCUCAACCGACUUGGAAUUAAUGUACCUGAUCCUCUUCCGUAUCCUGAUGCCAUCGAGAUAGCGCCUGAUACAAGGAAACCGCCCAAACAUAGACCUUUUAAACAAUUUCUAGAUUUUGAUAGACAAGUUUUAAGAUUUUAUGGAUACUGGGAUGAUAGAGAUUCGGAGUUUGGAGUUCUGCACCUCAUGGAGAUCCACUACUUCCUGGCGGAUGACACUAUAGAGAUCAAAGAAGUGAUGCCGCCUAAUUCAGGGAUGGAGGCGGGGCCCAUGUUCUUGAAAAGGAUGCGGUUGCCAAAAAAAAUCCCGCCUCGCAUCGAGAUGACGGGCGGGCCGCGGCUCCCGGCGUACGGCCCGGCGGAUCUCAGCAUUGGUGCUGUGGUCAACGCAUUCGGCAGGAAUGUCGUCCUUACUGACUGUGAUCCGUACACCAAGGAAUACUAUCGAGCCACUUAUGGUUUAGAUGUAUUCACACCGCUCCCGAUCCCCGGGGACGAGAAGGAGUGCGUCAGCACCAGCACGGCGGACCGCCAGCUACCACCGUGGAACGGCUACGGCUCAUAUGAGGACUCCGCUCAGAAUUGCCGCACGGUCGAGCCCAAAGCCCCACAUGGAGACUUCAUGAAGUUCCUUCAUAAGGACAAAGUAGGGUACGACUCCCACGUGCUGCGGUUUGCGGCGCGCCUCAUUACGGACAACCCUGAGGACGCGCGCCGCUACUUCAUCAUCAAGUACUUCCUGUGCGAUGACACCUUGGGCGUGUUCGAGCUGAGCGAGCGCAACUCUGGUUUCCAGGGAGGCAAGUUCUUCAGGCGCACCAAAAUGUACCUCCCUGACGUGGACUUCUUCGUGCCGAAAGAGCCUCCCGCGUAUACGGACCAGGACAUGUGGGUCGGCAACGAGCUGGACAUCAACAAGCACAAGUUCCGGCUCGUCGCCGCUGAUGAGUAUGCGCUGCGCUAUCUUGAAGUCAAUCAGUAUCCAAUGGCAAAUAUUGCUUUGAUAAUGGAUAAAAUUCGCCGCACUUUAGCAAGUGUGGAAAACGGAUACAAGAACUUUGUAGCCAAAUAUAUGGACGCGGUGCUCCCCGACAAGAAAGAUCUCAUGUCAGUCAAAUGUUUUAAACAAGCGUUGAAGGAGAUUAUGUGUGAGAAGAUGACUGAGCACGAGUUUAUAACAAUAAUCCGACAUUUCCGUGGUGAUCCUGGCAUCGAGAAAAAUCCACGACGAGAAAUGAUAAGGUCGUUAGUAUUCACAGACCUGACGCGCGGCCUCUGGGAUGACCGCGACAGACUCCGCGAGGGUCUGAUGCACUCGGACGAGGUCGGCACCGGCGUGCUGUCGCCGCACCGGCUGCGCCAGCUGCUGAGGGCUCAUCGACUGCCGCUCAACGGCGAUCUGAUGGACUGCAUGCUGUCAGUAUUGAAAAAGGAUAAUAACUGCAAUAUCCUUUAUGAAGAUCUGAUGGAGUUCCUGGAUUUCAAGACGCGUCCUGUGUUUAAUCUCACGGAGGAGGACUAUCAGAAGGUGGUGCGACACGCUCCUCCAGUCAAGGAUACCGAGUGCAAAUUAUGGGCUGACAUGGACACACUGAUCCACGACGGCUACGUGAACUGGAGCGCGUUCCUCUGCCAGCUCAACUUGGACCACCUGGUCAAGGAGCCCGCCCCCAUUGCGCAGGCGUGAUAAACGGAUGAAAUGAUUGGUUUGUAUAGAUUUAUUUAUAUUUCGAGUGCAAUAUAUUUGGUAUUCUUGUAGCGGAUUUGUCAUUAAAUUAUGAUGUUAUUUA